UUUCCGAACACGAAUCACAGUCAUUCACUCAUCAAUCUUUCAUAUUUCAUCAACCAAAGCAGCACUCAAACAAGAAGAAAAAUUUAUUUUCCCUUUCUCCUAUUUUUUAAUUAUUAAUUUUCCUUCAAAAUUUUCCUAUUUUCCAUGAAUGUUCUGGUUCUAGGGCGCUUUUUCACUUCUCCAUUAUAUAAGACUUCCCCUCUCACUCCCUCCCAAAUCCAAUUCACACCCAUUUUCCUUCAUCCCUUAAAGCUCCAACCUUUGCACGCAAUUCACCUCUUCUCCCUCCACAUGGCCACUUGCGUGGACGCCCCAACCCCUCUUUCUCGCAAGCCAAACGCCCCCAAUUCCUCCGAUGACCAUUCUUUCAAUUACGUCAAAUUCUGCCGACCCACCUUCUCCGAUCGCGUCCCCUGCUUACCCAUUUGCAAGAAUCGGGAGAUGGCCUUCUCACGUGUGGAGGACUUGGACACACGUGUGGAGGGUGGUGUUGGUGUUCUUGAGUUCGAGGUUGUUGAUCUGUGGUUGAAGAUUCAGGAGGAGGCCAGGUCGGAUGUGGAUCAGGAACCUAUUCUGUCCAGUUACUAUUUCAGUUCCAUUUUGUCUCACAAAUCAUUAGAGAGUGCCUUGGCCAACCAACUCUCCACCAAUUUGAGCAGUUUGAGCCUUCCAAGCAGCACCCUUUUUGAACUUUUCUUGGGUGUUUUGAUCGGUGAUGGUGGAGAUGACAUCAUAUGUGCUGUGAAGGAUGAUUUAGUUGCUGUCAAAGAGAGAGACCCUGCAUGCAUUAGUUAUGUGCAUUGUUUGUUAAAUUUCAAAGGGUUUCUUGCAUGCCAGGCUCACAGGAUUGCUCACAAAUUGUGGCUUCAAGGGAGGAAGGUUCUGGCCCUGUUGAUUCAGAAUAGGGUGUCUGAGGUUUUUGCUGUGGAUAUUCACCCUGGUGCACAGAUUGGACGUGGAAUUUUGCUGGAUCAUGCCACUGGGCUUGUGGUGGGGGAGACUGCAACUAUUGGCAAUAAUGUUUCAAUUUUGCAUAAUGUGACUUUGGGAGGGACUGGUAAGUCAAGUGGCGAUAGACACCCUAAGAUUGGUGAUGGGGUGUUGAUAGGUGCAGGGACUUGUAUUUUGGGAAAUAUUAAGAUCGGUGAUGGGGCUAAGAUUGGUGCUGGUUCUGUGGUGUUGAAGGAUGUUCCAGCAAGGACUACUGCAGUUGGAAACCCUGCUAGGUUGAUUGGAGGGAAGGACAACCCUAUUAAAUUGGAUAAGAUGCCUAGUUUUACCAUGGAUCACACUUCAUACAUCUCUGAGUGGUCUGAUUAUGUUAUCUAGGAGCUAUUUAAUUGUCUGACAUGUUUUAGUGUUAUGCUUAGGUUUAAUUGCCACGGUUGAGGGGACUUGGUUGUUGUGCAUGAGAGAAUCCAAGUUCUCCAGCUGACAACAGGUGUCCUUUUAAUCCUUGUGUUAGGUUCUAAAAAUAGUUAAAUGUAGUGCUUUGUUGUUGUAAGUUUCCAUGAUCACCAACCCUUUUGUGUAAAAUUUAUGAAUAUGGAUUUCGCUUGUUUUUACA